CUCGAGGGUGCGAAGAUUCGAUUAGAGAGACGGUUUAUACAUAGCGGUGGUGAUUACAGUGGUGGGAAUAACGCGGAAAGACUCGUUUGGCGAGAGAUCGAUACCGCGUUCGAAAACCGUAUACUGACCGGUGCGUUGAUUAACGCAUACUAUAUCGAAUCGCGGCAAUUUCUCGAGGAUGCGAAAGACAUUGUGCUCGAACACGUGCAAAAAGUUAUGGAAAGAUACUUUAACGUGAAAGUGAAUACUGUGUUCAACGGUGAAUUCGUGUCGGGUGAUAAGAGCGCCAAUAAGAGUAUCAAUAUCAGAAACUAUGAACUCUUUCGCAUGUCCGAUCUACACGAGUGGUACGAGCGACGCGUCGUCGAGCCCACGCUUGCCUCGUUAGAAGAAUUUCAAGAACGCGACAGCGGGUGGGCUUUGUCGCGAAUCCUCGAUUUAACUGUAAAUAUAAAUAAAUAUAAUCCAAUGCGCGCGGGGUGCCAUAUUAAAUUACCGCGAGAAAUAAUAAUGAAGAGGGCGGUGAUAAACGUGCAAUCCAAAGACAAUGCGUGUUUCGCGUGGGCGGUGGUCGACGCUCUAUAUCCAGCCGAAAGAAACGCGGAUCGGGAAUCUUCGUACCCGCAUUACAUAACAGUGCUGAAUCUCCAGGACAUUGAGUUGCCGGUAACUGUUAAUCAAAUUAAAAAGUUUGAACUUCAUAACGAUAUUUCGAUAAAUGUAUACUGCAUCGAGAAAGAGAAUAACGUUGUCCCGAUACGUCUGAGCGAACAAAAAAAGGACAGACACGUCAACUUGCUGUACGUGCAAGAUUCGCAAGCCGUCGGACAUUUUGCGUGGAUCAAGAAUUUAUCCCGCCUCGUGAGCUCGCAACUGAGCAAAAAAGAUCAUAGGAAAUAUAUCUGCGAUCGAUGUUUACACUAUUUUGGAUCGGACGACAAGUUGCAGUCGCACACUGUAGACUGUCGAGAAAUGAACGAGUGCGCCAUCCGAUUACCGGGCGAUAAGGACAAGUGGCUCGCGUUCAACAACUACAACAGAAAGGAGCGGCUUCCAUUCGUCGUAUACGCCGACUUGGAGUGCGUGCUGAGAAAGACCGACGGUGAUCCUAUGACGUCUACGUACACGUUUCAACAUUAUCAAGUAUUUAGUGUAGCUUAUUAU